ACAGAGAAAAACAGUAAAGAGAAACGAAGAAGAAAGCCAUGAAGACUGGUCUAACAUCAUCAUCGUCAUCAUCUUCAGGUACAAGAUCAAGCACAACAAUGGAAGAUAGAGAUAGCUGUUAUUUUCCAGGAUGCAGAAAAGAUACAAACUGUGAUUGUGAGAUUUGUUUAGCAAGUAUUAAUGCCACACUUGAUCUAAUGCCAAUGAGUAUUCAAAAGAGUUCUCUAACAAAAAUAUCUGCAUCAUCAUUAUCAAAAUUAAGAUCUUCUGUGGAAAGAACCCCAAUCUCUUAUAAUCAAUCAAUUUUAUCAACACCCAAACAACAAGGUAGUAGUUUUCAACCGAUUCUGAUAACCCCGCCUCUUAAAUCUACAGCAAAAUCCUUUCCCUCCUUGGAGAAACCAAUCAAAAAGGUAGGAAAGAAAUCCUGGGUUUCAAGUUUUAAUCUUUGGAAGAUAUUUGUGGGUUUUUGUUUGAUUUUUGCGAUUGAUUCUGGGUUUUCUUGGUUGGCUUCGGAGCUUUUUCAACCAACAUUGUCGCCGGAGACUGUGAAUUUUAUUGGGAAACAAUCUUGGGUUGGCCGUGAUUUGAAUGAUAGGUUAGGGUUUUUACAGAGAAACCUCGGUGAAGCUGUUCCAGGAAAGAUAUCAAGCUGCAGAUCUAAAGAUUCUAUUUGGGAAUUGAAUCUGGAGGACUCGCUGGUAGUUUCGCGGUGUAAGCUCUACGAAUCCAUGGCUGAGGAAGUGAGCAUCUGGGGAUGGCCACUGCAAACUGCAGGACUUCUUUCAACAGGGUUUUCUUCUCGAUCAGUCACCAUUUUAUCCGGCAGAGUAACAGAGUGGCCCAAUGGCAAAUUAGGGUAUUCGGUGCGAAAUUCAAAUAGUUCAACAUGGUUACUCCAGAGAAUGAGUGCAUCAGCUGUGCAAUUGGAUUCAAAUACUUGGGUACUUGAAUACAGACGAAGCUCAAUACUGGAGAAUUCAAGACUGCUUUUUACAGCAAUGGAGUUUUUGAAGAAUAGACUUGCAAGAGUUGUUGCAGAAAUUGAGCAGCAGUUUUGGGUGGUGGUACCAUCCUCAUUUGUCCAGCAGGAAUACAGUACUCGUUCAGAAGUCCGCUCCAGUCCCCCAACUUAGUCUGUUAUCCUUGACAGAUGCAAUAUUCAAGCUGAAAUACUUCUAAAACAACAUAUAUGCAGAGAUCUCAUCUCUUAUGAGAAUUUCACAUUUUUUGUGCCUUUUGUUGAAUGAAUAUUUGCUGUUUAAACUCG